CGAACAUUUGGUCUUUAAAUUUCACGGCGCUGUCGCAGUGCCGGUAGUUGAAGAAGUCCUUCUCAUAGAUGGCGGUUUGAAGAGGUAGUUUUACGUACAUAGCGAGGACUUCAGAAAUGGCUGUGCUUCUGAUGUUGCUAUUUGUCCAACUAAGGCUGUCAACCCAUGACGUUGAUGCGGCCAUCUAUAGAACGAGACCUCAACCCACGGCAGCGCUGCUUGGGCAGACUGUCACGCUGAGAUGCUCCUUUUACAACCUGAGAACGGACGACGUGGUCAAUUGGUUCGGACCUCCGGAGUUCCAGCAUAUAUCUGCGGCUAGAAACGUACACUCACGAUACACAAGAUAUGCCGUUGUGGAUUCCAACGCUGACGCUGGUGAAUUUAACCUUGAGAUCCGGAAUGUGCAACAGGAGGAUGAUGGGAUAUAUCGAUGCAGCACGUUUUAUGCCGAGAAUGCUGCAGACGCAAGGCUCACGGUCGUCGUACCCCCAGUCAAGCGACCAGAGAUGAUCAUAAAAAGUGACCCACCAACAGUAGGCCAAGCACUCCGGGUCAUCUGCCGCUCCAGUGGCGGACGGCCUGCCCCCAAACUUACCUGGUACAACGGGACUCACCUUGUCCGACAACCCGUACACGGAUGGAACCAUGGGAGAAAAACCUUAGACGGACAGAGUGUUUUGAUGCUCCCGGUUCUGACUAAGUGGGACAACGGGAUGAAUCUUACCUGCAAGGCCGACCAAGGUUAUCCGGAAUUAGUGGAGCCGGGAAUUGCAUCCACCGUGCUAAAUGUCCAAUACCCACCCAUGGUUUCGGCCGUUAAGACCGUGGUGAGAGUGAAGGAGGGGACGUUCACUAAUCUGAGCUGUUCUGUAGACAGCAACCCGGAGGCAGCGAUGAUGUGGAGGAAAUUGGACGGACAUCUGCCGACAGAUGGGGAGGAAAGACAGCGGUCAUUCAUCCUGCCUUCACUAUCGAGAAAACACGCGGGGAGGUACCAGUGUCGGGCAGACAACGGGAUACAGCCAGAUGCCUUCGCUACAAUAUUGCUGGAUGUUUUGUAUCCCCCGACCAUACAGACACAGUUUGACAAGGUAGAUGUGCUGUUCGGCAACACAGACUACUCACUAGAGUGUAAGGCGGACGGAAAUCCAAAACCCAAAAUAAGAUGGCGACGGACGAACACCAACCUGUACUUUAGCAACCCUUUGAGAUUUUCCAAGUCGGAUUACCAGACGGAAGGGGACUAUGAAUGCGUGGCAGAGAGCCUGGGGUUUAGGACCGCUAGUAGACAGGCUGUCAUCAACGUAAUCGGCAGACCAGACAUCCGUGGUGAACCGGAGACAAUACGAACAUCCCAGGGAACCUCGGUAACUCUGCUGUGUGAAGUGAACGCCGAUCCACCGAUCAGCUCGAUCUCCUGGUUCUGGAGGAAUGACCGUGGUCGCCAGACUGCCUUGCGUAAGAAUCGCGUCAGUGGUGUAAGCAUCAGACAACGUGCAACCGCGAUGGGCACGGACAGCAUACUCGUGAUUGACUCCGUGGGCACCGGCAAUGCCGGGGAGUACAGCUGCAAGGCCGCUAACAUGUUCGGGGAAGAUAGCAGAGAUUUCACCAUUGUAGUAGAAGGCCCCCCUGUAUUCAUCAUCGCUAUGGUAACCGGUGUUCUGGUGGUUUCCAUUAUCCUCACUGUUGUGGCCGGGAUCUGUAUAGCCAGGACAAGGAACUGUCGAUGCUGCAAGACAAACACACAAGAUAUGCCGACAUCCAACGGCACGAAGCCUCUUCCUCCCCCUCAUCCCAAGGAGACAUCAAUGAUGGAGUUGGAGGAUUUCGGGGGCACCAUGAAACCCCGCCCCCCUCCGAAAGGGGAAAAGGAUCUUUAUGCCAUCGGAGUUAACUACCCUAACCCGGUUAUGCAGACCCCUGCCUAUGCCGCAGUGGACAGAAGAAGGUGCCAUUGUAAAGACGAGGAGACACAUCGCAAACAGAUCCAUAUGGACACUCAAAGAAGACCUAAAAUGAAAAGGCCAAUCGCAAAACCUGACCAUGUUCUAUCAGUAUCACCGUACAAUGGAGAGUCCUGGAGAGUUGUAUCGACAAAAAGACACUUGCCGGAAUACUGUGAUACGAAGGAUGAUUCGUACGCGUAUGACGGACCCUACAACAAAUGUCAGCACCUCUAAAGAUCAGAAACAAGCAUGCGACUGUUGUAAAACAAUUAUCCGCAGGCAUACGACCGUGUACAGAUUGAUUUUUUUACCUCGUGACUCGCCUUCGUCGGUCGGUGUUAGAUUUAACUUGCUGCAAGGUAAUAGAUGUGAUUGAAGCGAUCCAACAAAAUUAAGGGACUUCUGGAACUACGCUUGAUAUCAACACACAUACAAGUAGCAUCUUCGAUUAUUAAAAACGGAGUAUAUGUUGUAAAUAUAUUAGUCUAAAUUAUUUCCAAGCUAUACUUAGAGAAAAAUCAAAUUGCUGCACCGGUGCUGGGUGUUUGAGAUAAAGAACCUGCUUCAUACAGCUUUAGCAUUUUAUGAAUAUGGGAAUUAAAGGAGUGAAUAGU